GGCCUGGCUCGCCCCAAGAACCUUCAUUGCCCCUAGGGCCUGGGUCACCACAAGGGCCUGGCUUGCCCCAAGAACCUUCAUUGCCCCUAGGGCCUGGCUCACCCCAAGGGCCCCAACAGCCUGGCUCACCCCAAGAAACUUCAUUGCCCCUAGGGCCUGGGUCGCCCUUAGGGCCCGGCUUGCCGCAAGGGCCUUCAUCCCCGCAACAGCCUGGCUCGCCCCAAGAACCUUCAUCCCCGCAACAGCCUGGCUUGCCCCUAGGGCCUGGCUUGCCGCAAGGGCCUUCAUCCCCACAACAGCCUGGCUCGCCCCAAGAACCUUCAUUGCCCCUAGGGCCUGGGUCGCCCCAACAGCCUGGCUCACCCCUAGGGCCUGGGUCGCCCCAAGGGCCUUCAUCCCCACAAGAACCUUCUUUGCCCCUAGGGCCUGGGUCGCCCCAACAGCCUGGGUCACCCCUAGGGCCUGGGUCGCCCCAAGGGCCUUCAUCCCCACAACUGCCUGGCUUGCCCCAAGAACCUUCAUCCCCGCAAAUUCAUCCAACCCGAGCUCGGCCGCAACGGCCUGCAUGUCCGCAACGGCCUGGAGCGCUCCUAGGGCCCGGCUCACCCCAAGGGCCCCCAUCCCCGCAAGGGCCGCAACUACAAACAUUGCCAACGACACAUGGUUGUGACAUCCCCACAGGAGAGCAGGUGACUUGUGGCCAGUCAGGAAUAUCGUCCUCAGACUGUGAGAUGAUGGGAUGCUGUGUGGAUUCUUCUACAUCUACCUGCUACUACCCAAUGGAUGAGUGCACUGUUGAUCAACACUUUGUGUUCGCCAUUCGUGCCAACUCUGCAUCAAUCCCUGUGGACCCC